UCGGUAUAGGAAAACAAUCUGGGAUAACUGCAAUGACAGACGAGUGUAUAAAGAGAACACAAGAGUCACCGAAUAAAUAUAGAAUAUUGAGCCUCAAAAAUUCUAUUGGAAAAAAAUAUUCUCAAGAGACAGCCUAGAAAUUUUCAAUUGACGUGUUUCCUUUCCUAUUAUUAUUACGUAAUUACCACCUCAUUUCUGGUAUCUUGAGUACUUCUGGACAGACUCGUCAAUUAGUUCACCAUUAUUUUUCUGUCACUGAUGUCAAGUGAACUGAUUUCUCUGAGGGGUGGAAGUGUCAUUCACUCGAGUGAUUCUGACAGCAGCCAUUUUGAGAAAUGUCCAAACAUGUACUGAACGGAGUGCUGAGAAGAAACUUCUGGAUCUCAACCACUAAAUACUACUAUUAAAUUUAGAAAAUCUGAUUGAACUAGAAUAAUAUAAUCGCCAAAGGAUAAUAAGGCGAGAAUUCAGUUGAAAAAAAUCAUGUCUCAAGUGGAUGUUCCCCUCGUUUUACCAUCCAUCAAUAAUAAUAACAAUAAUAACAAUAAUAAUAACAACAUCAACAACAACAACAACAAUAAUAAUAUAAAUAAUAAUAAUAACAAUAAUAAUAUAAAUAAUAAUAAUAAUAAUCAGAAUGGUGGAGCAGAUAAUAAUCCUAGUCUGGCAGGAGCCAUUGCGCCAGGAUUAAUUAACCGUGCGCGUAACAAUAAUAAUCAAAAUGCACUUUAUCACAUGAGAGACACAUUAUUUCAUGCGCUCUUCAUCAAAACGGCAUUGGCCUACGCUAAGACAUUUCCAAAACCUGUCCGGAGAUUUAUAGAAUGCAUAGUUUUGUUAAAGGCAAUAAUGGCAUUUUUUGUCAUGGCGUACAUACACAUAGUGUUCUCCCGUGCGCCAACGAAUUGUUUGGAACAUGUGAGAAAUGAAUGGCCGAGAGAUGGUAUUCUAAGGGUCGAAAUAUUGAGGAAUGCCGGUGAGGAUUACAGUAUAGAAAAAAGUUACGCGAAGGAAGAGAAAUUACGACGAGAGAAGGGCGAUGAUUUGAGUAGUGUACUUGGUAUUUUAGCUAGAGAUGGAUUCUUCGACAUUGAGCCGUCCGCGGUUGAUGAGGAACGGGUCAUUUUGGAACACGACAGUAGGCAGAAUUUUACAUUCGGAGAUGAAACCGUUCAAGAAGCUACUCUCUCGGAAACCAUACCAAGUCCAAAUGUCGAAGUGACUAAUGCGAGUACAAACCGACCGGUGUCAACGAAUUUGUGGGAAGGAUUGGUCACAGAGACUCCUGAUGCACCUGACGUCACGAUAUCACAGAGUCCAAAUGCUACGGACAAUAAUUCCACUUCAGAGAUUAACUCCGGGGAGAGUGGCUCACAGCCUCUUAAAACGGAUGUACCUGAGGUUGAGAAGCUGGUGACAGCAGUUUUUCCGGAGGACGAAUACAUUGUGGAGUAUUCCCUUGAGUACGGUUUCCUUCGACUAUCCCCUGCUGUUCGUCAGAGGCUCAAUAUACCUGUGAAAAUAGUUACAUUGGAUCCACUGAAUGACAAAUGCUUUGGGGAUGCCUUCUCCAGGCUGAUUCUCGAUGAACUGCUUGGAUACGAUGAUCUUCUCAUGGCGAGUAUCAAAACAUUGGCCGAACAUGAAGAUAAUAAAGGAUUUUUGCGAAAUGUAGUCACCGGCGAACAUUAUCGUUUCGUCAGCAUGUGGAUGGCCAGGACUUCCUACGUCGCUGCAUUCUUCAUCAUGCUUUUAUUUACUGUGUCGAUCUCAAUGUUACUUCGCUACUCUCACCAUCAGAUUUUCGUAUUCAUCGUCGGACUUCAACAGUUACAUUUGGUUUCUCUGUUUCCAGUGGACUUAUUUCAGAUGCUGGAAUUUAACGUGACAGCGUCUUUUCCUGCCGCUUCUCUACUGGUGGUUAUACUAGCACUCGUUGGAAUGGAGACUAUAAUGUCGGAAUUUUUCAACGAUAGUACCACCGCUUUCUACAUAAUUUUAAUUGUUUGGAUUGCGGACCAGUAUGAUGUUAUUUGCUGUCACACCCCCAUUACGAAGAGGCACUGGCUGAGGUUCUUUUAUCUCUAUCAUUUUUCAUUCUACGCGUAUCAUUAUCGAUUCAACGGCCAAUACAGCAGUCUUGCGCUUGUUACGUCUUGGCUGUUCAUACAGCACUCUAUGCUGUAUUUUUUCCAUCACUACGAGCUACCGGUGAUCCUCCAGCAAGCCCAGCUUCAGCAAAUCCUGUUGCGCAAUCACACACCGGCCCCAGCCCAGCCGCCAACCCCGAGCACUGCUCCAACUACUCCUGGGCCCACGCCAACGUCAACGCCAUCAGGAAGCCCAUCGACUCCUACCAAUGAACAAACUCAGCAGAAUUAUAUCAGUGAACUCUCGCAACUAGACCUUGAGUCUGAUAAUUCCGAGGUCCCAGUGCAGGCCACCAAUGCACCUUCAACCAGUAGUAAUGUCCCGACUGUAUCAGAAACUUCAAAAAAUCAAGCCACCGCAGCCCCGCAGGACGGAUCCCUAUCUUCAAGUGUGAAUGAAGAGCCAACUAGUUCCCAGGAACCCGAACCGCAGGAACUCGGUAAGGAAAGGGAGGACACAAAGUCCAAUGGUUCUAGCUCCAAUGAGCCGUCAACGUCAGAAGAGUAUGAAGUAAUCGAGUCAUCCAAUGAAAUAUCCAAAAAUGUUUCUUCACCAUCAGCAAUUAUAAAUGAUUGAAACAAAUUACAUUCGAAAAAAUU